CAUUUGAUUUCUUCUCAUACACAGAAAACAGACUCUCAGCCAUGUCAAAUGUUCUCUGUUACAAAGACUGCUGACAGCCCUUUUGCUUUUGUGUUCAGGACGCUCUGGGAGGAUCUUAUCUGUGAGGGCUGCGUGAGAGACGUCUGCAGGGAGAGAAUACCGGUUUUGGACGUACUGGUUGGGGCAAGGCUUACACUACGGGCUUUUAGGCAAGACAAAUUUUACUCAGAGGAGCAAGAACACUGCCAAGGGAAAGGAAUGGAGCGUCUGGCCUCCUUCAGUAAUGACCCUUUUGAUAAGCCUCCAUGCCGAGGUUGCUCUUCGUACCUCACAGAGCCCUACGUUAAGUGUGCUGAGUGUGGGCCUCCUCCCUUCCUCCUGUGUUUGCAGUGUUUCACACGAGGAUUUGAAUACAAGAAACAUCAAAGUGAUCAUACUUACGAGAUAAUGACUUCUGAUUUCCCUGUUUUGGAUCCUAACUGGACAGCUCAAGAGGAAAUGGCUCUCCUAGAAGCUGUGAUGGACUGUGGAUUUGGAAACUGGCAGGAUGUAGCCAACCAGAUGUGUACAAAAUCCAAGGAGGAGUGUGAGAAACAUUAUAUGAAACACUUUAUCAACAAUCCCUUGUUUGCAUCUACAUUACUGAACCUGAAGCAGGCGGAGGAGGCGCAGCACAACGAAACAGCCAUUCCUUUCCACCCUGCUGAUGAUCCCCCACGGCCUACUUUUGAUUCCUUGCUCUCCAGGGAUAUGGCUGGGUACAUGCCAGCGAGAGCUGACUUCGUUGAGGAGUUUGACAACUAUGCUGAAUGGGAUUUGAGAGAUAUUGAUUUUGUAGAAGAUGAUUCAGACAUUUUGCAUGCUCUGAAGAUUGCAGUUGUAGAUAUCUAUCAUUCCAGGUUAAAGGAAAGACAGAGAAGAAAAAAAAUUAUAAGAGAUCAUGGCCUAAUCAACCUCAGAAAAUUUCAGAUUUUGGAAAGGCGAUAUCCAAAGGAGGUUCAAGACCUUUAUGAAACGAUGCGGCGAUUUGCACGAAUUCUUGGACCGGUAGAGCAUGAUAAGUUCAUUGAAAGUCAUGCAUUGGAAUUUGAGCUGCGGAGGGAAAUAAAGCGACUACAGGAAUACAGAGCAGCAGGAAUCACCAAUUUCUGUAGUGCCAGAACAUAUGAUCACCUUAAGAAGACGAGAGAUGAGGAACGCCUAAAGCGCACUAUGCUUUCUGAAGUCCUGCAGUACAUCCAGGACAGCAGUGCCUGCCAGCAGUGGCUCAGUCGACAAGCUGAUAUUGAUUCCGGCCUGAGUCCUACGGUACCAGUUCCUUCAAAUUCAGGUAGACGGAGUGCCCCACCACUGAACCUCACAGGUCUCCCAGGGACAGAGAAACUUAAUGAGAAGGAGAAGGAGCUCUGUCAGAUGGUGAGGUUGGUCCCUGGAGCCUAUUUAGAAUAUAAAGCUGCGUUAGUGAAUGAGUGUAACAAACAAGGAGGCCUGAGACUAGCACAGGCUAGAGCACUCAUCAAGAUCGAUGUGAACAAAACCAGGAAAAUCUAUGACUUCCUUAUCAGAGAAGGGUACAUCACGAAAGCCUGAGGACAGACAUCAGCGCUUUGGCUGGGGCAGACAGAUGUGGAGAAGCUUUGAAGUCACUUUGACAGCGCUGAAAGAUUUUAACAGUGUUGAAUGAAGGACAUUUCCUUUUGCUUAAAAUCUUUUGGGGCUUUUUUUUUCUGUAAAAACAAGUAGGGAGCUUUGUUAAAUUGUAUGAGUACUGACAUUUCUUUGUCUGGUUUCCUUUUGACUCUGCUGUUUAACACUGCUGUUGUCAGAAUUAUGCUGCCACGUAGCGCUGGAAAGAAUCAUAUGCCGUAUAAGCUAAUCUUAAAUGUGAAUGGGCAUUCAUUUCUAACACCUCCUCGAACUAAAAAGAGAAUCAUGGUACUUUUAUGCUGACAGUGACACAGAAUAAGGACAGAAGAGCAGCACGUAAUGAGAGUCACACUUUGACUUUGUGUGAGUACAGGGGUAUAGAAAUGCAGUCCCCUCCCUUCUUGUACUCCUUCCUGUAACAGUGGCAGCUUUCAAAGGAGAUAGCACAUGCCUGGGGGUAUAAAAAUAGAGCUUGCAGUGGUCCAGUCUUUUUAACUUAAUUGUGAUAAAGGAUGGGAAAGGACAUUGCAGGGAAGCUCCUCAACAGUUGUUACUUUUAUGUGAUAUUAGCACAUAUCACAGCAUGAGAGCACUGUACAAACCAAUAAGC